AAUAUAAAUCAUGUACAAAAGACAGUAACUCAGGACACUAUAAAGGGACCAUGAGAGGCUGUGGAGAUGACCGAGCAAGAGCUGGAAACAAACAUCAGUGAAGAAUGAAGGCUUUAGUAUGUAUACUGCUGCUGUUGGAAACCUUUGUGUUUGUCGUUCAGCAGCAGGUAGAUGGAGGACUCAAUGAGAAAGAGAUCGGUCAACAGAUCAGCUCUGAGGGCGGAAGACAGAAUCAACCUCAAACAGACACUUUGAGAGAUGAAGCUUCAACUGACAGCAAACAAAACUACAACAUGGGCAUCCCUGACAUCUAUACAGCACUGAGAGAACUGGCCGCCAUCGUUACAGAGCAGAAAGCAAACAUCAGAGCUUUACAGACGCAACUGAGGGAACAACAGACAUUUAUCCUGGAAGAGAUGAACAAGAAAAAUGAAGAAAUGUCAAAUCUUACUCUGAGUCAAGUGGAGGAGUUGAAAAAGGAAAAUAGAGACAGAGAAAUAGCUUUUUCAGCUGGACUGAUACAACAUGGCUAUAGAAAUAUUGGUCCUUAUACCACUGACUUCACACUAACCUACAAGAAAGUCUUCACAAACAUAGGGGACGCCUACAGCCCAUUUACAGGUUUUUUCACAGCCCCACUGAAAGGAGCGUACAUGUUCAGAAUCUCUAUACAUGGUCCUGGUGGAAUUCCAGCAAAUGUAUCUAUUUAUAAGAAUGGAGAGCACAUGGUUACGGCACGUGAUGUUCAGGCUCAGGAACAGUUAAACGCCUCGAAUGGAGUUGUGUUGAUCCUGGAGGUUGGAGAUGUUGUCUAUGUGAGACUUGGGUUUGGCACGAGGAUAUCAGAUAGCUACGAGAAUAGCUACAACACUUUCAGUGGUUUCCUACUGUUUCCUUUAAGUUAACAGGAACUUUGCAGAAUGUGAUUCCAAUAAUUCCUUCAACCUGUGAUUUAAGAUGAAAAUCAUGGAUCUUAAUCUAGAAUGUUAAAUAAUACAUUUUAAGUGUAGCUUGUUACUGAUCCUUGAUCUGUAUCUCUUUAUCCUACAUAAAUAAAUAAGAGAAUAACGAGA